AUGGAGCCGAGGAUCAAGCGAGCUUAUGCGGACUACGAGGUCGGCUGGAUCAGCGCCCUUUAUGUCGAGUUUGCUGCCGCACAGGCUCUGCUCGACCACCGCCAUGAGCCCCUACCUCCUCUUCCCGGCGACAGCAAUACGUAUGUCCUUGGCAGCAUCGGGGGGCACAACAUGGUCAUGGCGUGCCUGCCCGCGGGAGCCUACGGACUCAGUACUGCCGCAAAGGUGGCGAGUGACCUGCGCCGAAGCUAUCCUUGCGUGCGGCUGCUGCUCGUUGUUGGCGUGGCUGGGGGAGUGCCCACGACGACAGACAUCCGCCUCGGCGACGUCGUCAUCGGCCAAAGUGUCGUCCAGCACGAUCUCGGCAAGACUCUUCAAGGCGGCCGUUUCCAGACAUCGGCCACUGUCUUUACGCCUCGGGCCAAGAUCAUGACAGCGCUGAGCGCCAUGCGGGCUGCCCAUGAGAUUCAACCAAACCGUAUUCCCAAUAUACUAGCGGGCAUGCUUCAUGCUUCCGGCUCCGACUGCAAGGACUGUAACGCUAAACAUCGCGUGUCACGGCCUCCUCGUCAUCAUCCUGCUCCGCACAUACACUACGGCGUUAUUGCCUCUGGCAACCAGGUCAUCAAACAUGCAGGAACUAGGGACCAGCUGGCCUCCGCCCUAGGGGCCCUUUGUGUCGAGAUGGAGGGUGCCGGACUACAACAUGUCGAUAUUCCGUUCCUGGUGAUACGAGGUAUCUCAGACUACGCCGACUCGCACAAGAGCAAAGCGUGGCAGCCAUAUGCUGCUGCUGCAGCGGCUGCAUGUGCGAGCGAGAUCCUCUCUUUCAAACCAGUUGAAUCACGCGAAGCAGCUGGUGCUGGCGUCAGCAAUGCGCACCAGCCGUCCGCGCGGAAGGACGACCAAAUCCAGUCCGUGAUUGAGUCGCUGUACUUUGGCGAGAUGGAUGCACGACAAGCCGAUAUAAGGCAGGCCCACCCGCUCACUUGCAGGUGGCUGCUCAACAGGCCCGAGUUCCGCAACUGGCUCGACAUGUCUGCCUUUGACCAGCACCACGGCCUGCUGUGGAUAAAAGGGAAGCCUGGAGCUGGCAAGUCCACCCUUAUGAAGUUUCUAUUGAGCGAAGCCCAGAAGAAUAUGCAGGACAAGACCGUCAUCUCUUUCUUCUUCCAUGCUCGCGGUAGUGAGAUCGAGAAAUCCACGCAGGGCAUGUACCAGUCGCUUCUUUUGCAACUCUUGGAAAAAGUACCUAUGCUCAAGUGCGUCCUCGACAGGACUGAGCUGUUAGCACGCGGCCCCGCACAGCGGAAGUGGUCAGUCGUGCUACUUCAGGAACUCUUUGAGCAGGCCGUUGAGAGACUAGGCAUGACGCCGCUGCUGUGUUUUGUAGAUGCGCUUGACGAAUGCGACCAAGACCAGGUACGGGACAUGGUGUCGUUUCUUGAACAUCUUGGCAAACUCGCCAUGUCCCACGGUAUAACAUUUCAUCUGUGCUAUGCAAGCAGGCACUAUCCACACAUCACGACAAAGUUUGGGAUUAGCCUCAUCCUUGAUGGACAGGAAGGGCAUAAGCAAGACAUCGCUAAUUAUAUCAGCGCCGAGCUGAAAAUCAGCGUGGGAAAGACUGCACAGCUCAUCCAGGGGGACUUGCAAGAACGUGCCAGUGGCGUUUUCAUGUGGGUGGUCCUGGUGGUCAAGAUUCUCAACGAGAAACACGACGCUGGAAUGACUCCCAAAGCCCUGCGGGACACGCUGUUGGACCUCCCACGCGACCUGCACGCACUUUUUCGAGAUAUACUUCGACGCCACGACAACAGUAGGGAUGAGACGGUAUCAUGCCUACAGUGGAUUCUGUUCGCUGCUCGGCCGCUGACCCCGGAAGAGCUUUACUACGCCACAUUGGCCUGCAGUGACUCUAGCGGCACGCUUGCCUCCGAGCGGGAUCCAGAAGAGACGACAGAUGAGCUCAUUCAGCGGUUCAUACUUUCGUCAUCCAAAGGACUUGCAGAAAUCACCCGGAGCAAAGUCAAGAGCAAAGCACCAAGUGUGCAAUUCAUUCAUCAAAGUGUACCCGACUUCCUUCUCAAGGAGAAGGGACUAGUAACAAUCUGGGCGGACGGCGAUACGAACACCAAAGGACGGAGUCAUGACAUGAUCAAGUCUUGCUGUCUGCGCUAUCUCCAUCUCACCCACCCAAAGCUUGAGACACUGUCGGCUGGGCCAGAGCCCCACUUUUGGGAAGAGGCAGCCAGCGCAUUCCCGCUGGCGGAGUAUGCGGCAAAGUACGUGUUACACCAUGCAAACGAGGCGCAGGCUUCGGGGGUGGACCAGACACCGUUCGUACGACGAUUCCUGAGCUCCCUCAGCCGCUGGCUGACGUUCUACAAUGCCUUGGCAUACCCGUGGAGCCACUAUUCUCAAGAAGUGACCCUGCUUUAUCUCCUGGCAGAGCGCAACCUCGCUCAUCUCGCAAAGCUUCAUAACCAGAAACCUGAAGCUUGGAUGGCUAGAGGAAGAGAGCGCUAUGGGGCACCUAUAGUCGCAGCGCUUGCUACAGGAAGCUACUCUAUGGUUCAUGUGUUCAUGUGCACUAUGCCAUCCACUCUCGGUGAAGAUGACAGUUAUGUCGAUCUUGCUCUUAGCAAGGCUGCCGCACAGGGCCACCUGGGGAUCGUGAAACAAUUGCUUGAGCCGCGAAGACCUGGGAGGAGAGGAGACUUGACGGGCCCGCUCUGCGAAGCUGUGCGUUGCCGCCACAUCUCGACUGCCGAGCUACUCCUCAAGCACGGCGCUAUGGUGAACUCGAAGCAUGUCACUGGUAAGACGCCGCUGACCUAUGCAUCUUAUAAUGCAGACACUGGGAUGAUCCGGCUGUUACUAGCCUGGGGCGCGCAUACCGAAUACGCAGCAGCAUCGGGGCACACUCCGCUGCGGACUGUGGUAUUCCGAGAAAUGGAACUUAGUGUGAAAGCACUUUUGGAACACGGCGCCAACAUGGACUCUGUCGAUGCCGCAGGCCAGUCGUCAUUGUCUCUUGCGGCCGCCGGCGGUUGCAUGAUAGCCGUGCGCCUCCUCCUCCGAAAUGGCGCCGCUGUGAACCUGCAGGACCACGACGGCCGAUCGCCCCUCGUCCACGCGGCAAUGCAGACACGUCAGGGAACAGGCGCGUAUCGUCUAUCUUGUCUUCAGGAGAUUACGAAGUUGCUGCUAAGCGGCGGAGCACAGGUGGCCUUGGCGGAUCAUUAUGGUCGGACUCCGCUCAUGUGGGCUGCGGGCAAGGGUCACGAUGUCAUUGCCAAGCUGUUGCUUGAUGCGGGUGCGGAUCCAAAGAUGCGUGAUGACACCGGGCGGACUGCACGCAGCUGGGCGAUCGAGAGGAAGAACACCGAGAUUUCUAAGCUACUCGCUGCUUGCUCUUCGCGGGCCUAG